CAGGGAGGUGUAGGAGAACAGCUCUGCAUUUCUGUCCAACUAGUCAGCGUUACGUCGUCAAGUUAAAAGGAAGGUGUAUUGGAGGCCGCAAUCAUAAAGGAAGAAGAUGGUUAAUUCUAAAGGAAAAAUCACUGACUCAGAUCCUGGAUCCAAUCAUCUGUUACUAAAUGGACUUCCUGAUAAGGCAGGGAAAAAUCAGGACACUGAGCCCGAGAACAGCCUAUGUAGCCCGUACGAGGAGAAGGUGCGCCCCUGCAUUGACCUCAUCGACUCCCUGCGGGCGCUGGGCGUGGAGCAGGACCUGGCCCUGCCCGCCAUCGCCGUCAUCGGGGACCAGAGCUCGGGCAAGAGCUCCGUGCUGGAGGCUCUAUCGGGGGUCGCCCUCCCCAGAGGCAGCGGGAUUGUUACAAGAUGUCCUCUGGUACUGAAGCUGAAGAAGCUCCUGAACGAGGAUGAGUGGAGGGGCAAAGUCAGUUACCAGGACUUCGAGAUGGAGAUUUCAGACCCUUCGGAGGUGGAAGUGGAAAUCAGUAAAGCCCAGAAUGUCAUUGCUGGGGAAGGACAGGGGAUCAGUCAUGAGCUAAUCAGCCUGGAGGUCAGCUCCCCUCAUGUCCCGGAUCUGACCCUGAUAGACCUCCCUGGCAUCACCAGGGUGGCCGUGGGCAAUCAGCCGGCUGACAUCGGACGCCAGACCAAGCAACUCAUCAAGAAGUACAUCCUUAAGCAGGAGACGAUCAACUUGGUGGUGGUCCCCUGCAACGUGGACAUCGCCACCACAGAGGCACUGAGCAUGGCUCAGGAGGUGGACCCCGAUGGAGACAGGACCAUAGGAAUCUUGACAAAGCCUGACCUGGUGGACAGAGGUACUGAAAGCAAGGUGGUGGAUGUGGCACAGAACCUUGUCUGUCACCUGAAGAAGGGCUACAUGAUUGUCAAGUGCCGGGGCCAGCAGGAUAUCCAGGACCAGGUGACCCUGACCGAGGCUCUGCAAAAAGAGAGAGACUUCUUUGAGGACCACCCACAUUUCAGGUACGCUGGCCGCAUUUUCGCAAGGGUGAACCACAACUUGGGGCCUCGGUUGUUCCUGGGGAAAAGGGUUGCUGUCCAAAAGCAGACAUUCGUUCGGAGUCUAUGUGUGAGUGUGUUUGCACCUUGA